AUGCUUCAACCUGGUCAAGUUAAUCCACCCUUUUCAAAGAAAUCACCUCCAUAUUAUUUAGCUUCACUUAAUUGCAUUGUGGAUAUAAAAUGCUUACCAACUGGUUAUCAUACAUCAUGUAUACCAUCUCUUAAUAUUUGUGAUCAUUGUAAAGAAGCAUUUUCUGAUAAUGUUGAUGAUGUAAUAAUUUUAAUUUGUGGACAUGGUUAUCAUUUAGCAUGUUAUAACACAUUAGAAAGA